AUGUCCUACAACCUCGCCUCCAACCCAACCCUCACCCCGCCCAACGGCGACUCCAUGAUAACCUUCAUGGAAUCGUUCUACGCAACGAGCGACACCGAAUCCCUGCACGAGAAAUACGUCCAGAGUUUCACCCCCGAUGCAACACUAAUCAUGGGGUCGAAGGUCGCGAAUGGCGAGAAAGAAAUCCUCAAUCUCCGACAUGGUCUCUGGACGCAUGUGCAGUCGAGGAAGCAUUUCCCGACGAAGGUUUAUUUCGGGGGUGAGCGGGAGUUGAUGCUCUAUGGGACGGUUAGGUAUGUGCUGAAGGCGGACCCGGAGAAUGAGGUUGAGGUGCCCUGGGCUGGACGGGUGGUUUUUGAUGAGAAGGAGUUGAAGAUGCGGUUCUAUCAGGUCUAUUUGGAUCCUACGGCGCAGUCGGGGAAGAAAUAA